GCGUCGAAAAUACAAAACAAACAAUCCUUGUCUGUCCCCUCACCCCUGCUGCUGUUUGCUGAGUCGAGUUCUUGCCGCCCCAGACCCAGAUCCCCUUUUUCCCUUUUAAUGAUCCAAUCCACCGAAGCAGGCAAGCUUUCUCCGAUCAGAGCUUCAUCAUUCCUUUCCCUGCAAGCAUCCGCAUUCCACAGGGCAACGCGCGAGGCCCUACCGCCGUCUGUCGCUGCUCUGUCCCUCCAUGGUGCAGCGCAGCAGCAUACAAAGUAGCACUAGAAGAAGAAGGCCAGCAUAGAGUUGACUGCCAGUGCCGCAGCCGCACCAAGAACAGCAGGAGAGGAAGCAGGGGGAGCCAUGGGGUCCCCGAAGGCGGCCAGGAGCAAGGCGGGUCAGCUGGGCGGCAUCUGGCGCCGCAGGAUCGGCGCGCCCUUCGCCGCCCUCCUCGUGGCCGCCGUCCUUGUCCUCGUCGUCUUCACCGGCCGCUUCCCGCAGGGCCCCGACGCUUCCUCGCGAUUCACCCCGGUGCAUGUGGACGACUCAACCCCCGGGAUAGUGCGCGAUCGGCCAGUCGCCUCCACGGACCAAGACUUGGAGCUGGAGAUAUCUGAUUCGUCAAAGCAACAAGGGGAGGGGAACGACCAAAAAAUUGAACUUGAUGAAUCUUCCAUGGAGGCAAUGGAAGAGCAGAAACAGCCUCGAGAGGACACUCCCGAGACCAAACCAGCAUCUCAAGACACUACUCCAGCCAACUCCGACUUGGACGGCGAGGAAGGGAUGACGACCACGACAGCGCCGGCCCAAGAAGAGAGUAGUGAAGCUGGGGGAUCUGGUUCAGCACCAUACACCAAGUGCACACCUCCACUGAACUCAACGGUCUGUGACCUUUCCAACCCGCGAUUUGACAUUUGUGAGUUGUGCGGCGAUGCUCGCACCAUUGGUCAGUCAUCCACUGUCAUGUAUGUCCCACGCACACAAACUUCCGACAGUGAAGAGUGGAGUAUUCGAGCCCAGUCCCGAAAGAAUCUUCCAUGGAUCAAGGAGGUGACCGUCAAAUCUCUGAAUACCUCGCAACCAGCACCAAGGUGCACUUCCAAGCAUGCCAUGCCAGCUAUUGUAUUUGCCCUUGGUGGGCUUACAGCAAAUGUCUGGCAUGACUUCAGUGAUGUCCUUGUUCCACUGUUCCUCACUGCCCGCCAGUUCGACAGGGAUGUUCAACUCCUCGUCACAAACAACCAACCCUGGUUCAGCAAGAAGUACAUGACAAUCUUGAGCAAACUCACACGAUACGACAUCAUAGAUUUUGAUUCAGAUGACCAGGUCAGGUGCUAUCCGCAUGUCAUUGUUGGUCUGAGGAGCCAUGGUGACCUUGGCAUCUAUCCAAACUUGUCACCACAGAACUACACAAUGAUGGACUUCCGGUUGUUUGUCCGAGAAGCCUAUGGUUUGCCUGCAGCCAAGGUGGCCAUUCCCUACAAGGCUGAUAGAGAUGAUCCUGACAAGAAGCCCCGCAUAAUGCUAAUUGAUCGGGGCAAAACCCGGAGGUUCAUCAAUGCACCAUACAUUGUCCAAGGGCUGGAAUGGUUUGGUUUUGAGGUGGUCAAGGUUGACCCGAAGAUGGACUCUAGUCUUGAUGAAUUUGCCCGCCUUGUUGACUCGUGCGAUGCAAUCAUGGGUGCGCAUGGUGCGGGCUUGACUAACAUGGUGUUCCUGCGAUCAGGAGGAGUGGUGGUGCACAUUGUGCCAUAUGGGAUCGAGUUCAUGGCUGAUGGGUUCUAUGGUAAACCUGCACGGGACAUGGGCCUAGGCCAUGUCAAGUACGGCAUCAGUCCAGAGGAGAGCACGUUGCUGGAGAAAUAUGGGUGGAACCAUACUGUGAUCAAAGACCCUGAAGCCAUUAGGAGCAGUGGAUGGGAUAAGGUUGGGGAGGUUUACAUGUCCAAGCAAGACAUUGUCCUUAACAUGACAAGGUUUGGGCCUAUCUUGUUGAAGGCAAUAGAUUUCAUCAUGUAGGUGUUUGGGGUUUUGGCUGCGUGUACCUCUUUAUGCAGAGGCUGGGGUUAGGUUUUGAAAUUAUUGUUUUUGCUAGCUACUACAUUUUGACAGUUUUUACUAGAAAAAGAUACCUCACACUUCAAUUGUUUUUCGGGGAGAUGGUGUUUACUGCUCAUCCAGAGCUGAUGUAUAGGAUUGGAUGUGCAAGACUUAAUAAAUCACGAUGUGGAGUGCUGAGCACAGUUUUAUCUUA